AUAUCUCUAUAACCUACAUAACCAUAGACUGAAAGUAGGUCUAAUAAUUCUAACCAUAAAUUGUCCCAGUAAUAAUAUUUUUGAUAAUUCAAGAAUUAAAAUUUAAAUUAAAUAUCAAUCAAAAUGAUGAAUUUCCAAGAUUCCUAUGAGCAUAUGGAUUCAAAAAUCGAAUAUUCACCAGAAUCUAUAAUUUGUUCUGAUUUAUAUUCGUCCGUAUAUGAAUUUGAAGGAUGUUCUUGCGAAUCUAAUUGUUUAUAUGAUAAUUGUUCAUGCUUGCAAAGAAGUGGUAUAAAAUAUAUAUUCAGAAACCAAGAAUGUUUGGAAUCUUAUAGAAUGGAUAUUAAUACUAGUGGAAAACCUAUUUAUGAAUGUAAUAGAAAUUGUAAUUGUGCAAUCAAAUUGUGUGGAAACAAGCUAGUUCAGUGUGGACCUAGAAGUGGCUUAAAGAUAAAAAAAUUUUGUAAAAAAGGCUUAGGUUUGAUUACAAAUCAUUUAAUUCCUUCAGGCUCAUUUGUAUGUGAAUACGCAGGUAGAAUAAUAACAUCUGAUAUGGCUAAACGUUUGUAUCCCGUUUACAUGUCAAAAUAUUCAAUGAACUACAUAUUUUGCAUAAAUGAGAAAUUUGGAGAAAAUAUAUAUAGAACUAUUAUAGAUCCUACAGAGAGUGGAAAUAUUGGGAGAUACAUCAAUCAUAGCUGUGAACCCAAUUGUGAAUUGAUUAUUGUGAGGAUACAUAAUAAUUUUCCAAAAUUGUGUAUAUUUGCAAAAGAGAAGAUAAAUAUAGGUGAAGAAUUAUCUUUCAAUUAUGGAGAUACUGUGAUUGAAGAUAAUCAAAGUGUUGGCCAAAGUAUUGAAUGUUUGUGUGGAAAAAUGGAAUGUAAAAAAUUCCUUCCCUUUGACAAGUAUUGUUUUGAAUGAUGAGAUACAGAAAAAUAUAAAAGUUGAAUUGAAGUAAUCGUAUAGAGUCUCCUCAAUCUACAUAGCGUUGCUUCAGGACAUAUGGAUGUUAAUUUAUGUGAUUUCUUAGAAAAUCACUACCUCCAAGAGCAGGUUGAUGCUAUCAAGGAAAUAGCAGAUCACGUUACCAAUUUGAAACGUGUUGGUGAAGGGUUGGGUACUUUUAUGUUUGACCAACAACUGCACAGCUCUUCUUGAAUAUAGAAUAGUUGCCAUAUUUAAAUACG